CCCGCUUUUCCACGCGAAAACCGCCCCAGAAGUUACCAACCUCCUGGUCGCAUUCCCGGUUCCUUUUCAACGGGCUGAAAGUCUAUCAGUCGCUAACGACCCCGUAGUUCGGUCAAGAACCUUCCAAGCUUCUACAGGAGCUUAUUAAAUACGAUCUCUCCUACCAAUUGUUCCGCCCAAUCUUGCGUAGCUAAUUUUGUCUACAAGGAACGCUUGCACUUUUCAUUUUCCUCAGAUAGACACGGAGGAAAGCCGAAGACAAAAUCAAUCUUUCUCUUUGCCAUGCCUCGUCGAUCGUCUCGGGCCGUUCCCGCGUCAGCGGCAGCACCAGCGCCAAUACCAAAAAGGCGCGCGUCUGACAGACUCCCCACUGCCUCCAAGCCAGGACCAAAAAGACAAAAGCCCAACACAACUACAACUGGAAGGCCUGUUAGGUCGACCGCCAAGAAGAGCAAAUAUUUUCAGGAAGAACAUUCCGAUGAUCAAGAGCCUGACUCGGACAGUACCUCCCCGCCGGAGGACACCGCCUCCAACUACGAUGACUCCGUAUCGGAGGAUGCGGAGUCAGUCGUAUUCCCGACAGACGACGAGAAGACACAGAAGUCAAGAGAACCAUUGAAAACGGGAUCGCAAAAAGGUCGAAAAAGAAAGCAAGAAGACACAGAAAGCAUCGGAAAGAAAUCACACGGCAUUCUAGAAGGCGAUGCAGAAGGCCCAUUGAAAGGAAGGCAGCUGUGGAAAGAAGGUGUCAGAGCCGGUCUCGGGCCAGGAAAAGAGGUCUUCAUUAAGAAACCUAGAGCAAGGGACCCAGGAAAUGUGCUCUACCAGGAGCAUACCUUGCAUCCCAACACCUUUCUUUUUCUUGCGGAUUUGGCAGAGAACAACGAGAGGGCUUGGCUCAAAGCGCAUGAUGCGGACUAUCGUGCUUCAAAGAAAGACUGGGAGGGCUUUGUUGAGACCCUCACUGAGAAGAUCGCAGAAACGGAUAGCACGGUCCCUGAGUUGCCUGUUAAGGAUCUGGUAUUCCGUAUACAUAGAGAUAUUCGCUUCAGCAAAGAUCCUACUCCAUACAAAACACACUUCUCGGCUGCUUGGUCCCGCACAGGCAAAAAAGGCCCUUACGCUGCGUAUUAUGUUCAUUGUCAACCUAAGUCCUGCUUUGUUGGUGCAGGUCUCUGGCAUCCAGAGGCGGACAAACUUGCGCUUAUGCGGGAAGAAAUCGACGAGAAUUCGCAUCGCUUAAAGGCCGUGUUGGGAGAGGAGGGAAUGCGCCGCGAAUUUCUCAAAGGAGCACCUAAUCAAGAGAAGGCUGUCGAAGCUUUUGUCAAUCAAAACCAGGAAAGCGCGCUUAAGACCAAACCCAAGGGCUACGACUUGGACAAUGAAAACAUUCAAUUGCUCCGCUUACGCAGUUUCACCAUCGGGAGGCCUCUAGCCGACGAAGAGCUUAUGAGUCCCAAGGCACAGGACAAAAUCACCGCUCUUAUUGGUAUCAUGGAACCUUUCGUAAGCCAAUCCAUCCCAACGCCCCUUGUUGUGUAGCCGUCGUUUGGCUUUCCCUCUUUGCUUGCCCGCAUCUACGUCCAUUGGAUCCUGGCACCGGUAUCAAAUACGGAUCUUUUUCGCCCCGUUCCCGUCUUCGUCUUCUCCAGCCACUUCAGCGGUGUAGCCUCGGGCACAAUGAUACCCACCAUUCAAUCAAUUAUGCUGGAGAAUGGCAGGGGUCAUUUGUUUUGUGGAAUACUUUUUACUGACAAGUGGUGUCAUCACUUGAUAGGUUACGUACCUCAACAGCGUCGU